CCAACCUCCAUCCAGACUUACAUCAAAGACGACCUCGACGUCUCCCGGCUCAACGCCAUCCACAAACACCUCUGGCUCGCCGGCCUCCCCCAAGUCUCUCGAGCCCUGCACAACCAGAUCCGAGUAGGCCGUCAAGUGCACAUCACAGAACGGGCAGACCUGCACCUCGUCUGGCGGGACAACAUCCUCUAUCUGAAGCCACUCCCGGACUAUCUCCUGAGCUACUCCUCCUGGACCGACAUCUUUUGCGCGGAUCGCCAACUGUAUGAGAGUGCCAAGGGGUUUCUGUUCUCAUAUACUUGGCUGAUUUGCAGCAAAAGCGACUUGCGGAUUGCGCAUGAGCAGGGACUGGUUUCAGAGGACGUCAAGUGGGAGCAGUGGGCGCCCUUUUCGGCGGCCGUGGUCUCGAAUAUCAGUGAGGAUCUAUGCGACGUAAACCCUCGCUAUAUCUACGGCGAACUACGUCUUGCCCGCCUGAAUCUGAUCUGCAGAUUCUGCUCAAGGACGUUUUCGUUUGGUACCAUUAUUCGAGGCUACGAAUACGGCUAUCGACAGUAUUCGACGUACUUGGAGAGGAACUUCCGAUGGGUCUUGACAGCGUUCAUCUACAUCACCGUCGUGUUGUCUGCCAUGCAAGUCGGCCUGGCCACGAGCGAGUUGGUCGAUAACAGGGUGUUUAAUCGCGCCUCGUACAUCUUUAGCAUGUUUUCCAUCUUGGCGCCGGUUAUAUCGCUGUUUGUGGGGGCGCUGUUUAUCGUGAUUCUCGUCUUGGUGAAUGUGAGGUAUGCGUUGGAUCAGAGGACGGCUUCGAGGAAGAAUUAUGCGGGGGCGUUUGCGAAUGAAGCUGUGAGGAGGCAUGCCUAUUGA